AUGUCGUACUUUCCGAAGGGACACCACGACGCUGCCGAUGCGGUCGACGACUUCGACAAGUUUGACACCACCCCGUACGGUGGAGGAUAUGAAAUCGCAUUGACUUACGGCCGCCCACUUCCGCCGUCGGAGGAGACAUGCUAUCCCAACACCUCUGGUUCCAACGAGUUUGACUAUGAUCGUCCUCAGUACACCUCCUAUGCUAAACCAUCUGCCUAUGCAGAUGAGGCUCUGGAUAAUGAGUACAAGAGCUAUGUACGUCGUAAGCCCCAACCUGGGCCGCCUUUGUAUGGGGGAGCGCCACCGCCGGAGGGAUAUGGGUAUGACAGGCCCAAGCCUAAUUUUGGGUUUCAGCCUGGUGGAGGUGCACCUGGAAGGCCUGAAUAUGGUUCAUCUCAUGUGAUGCCCGGGUUUGAGUAUGGUCGAAAACCAGAGUACCAGGAACCAGGUUCUGAUUAUGGAUCUGGUUAUGGUAGGAAACCGCACUACGAGGAGCCAUCUUCUGAGUAUGGAUCCGGGGUUGGGCGGAAGUCACAAUACAAGGAACCCAGUUCUGAAUACGGAUCCGGUUAUGGGAGGAAACCACAGUUCGAGUCUGAAUACGAAUCCGGGUAUGGACGGAAUCCACAGUACAAGGAACCCACUUCUGAAUACGGAUCAGGAUAUGGGAGGAAACCCGAGUUUGAGAACCCCAUUGCUGAAUACGGAUCUGGGUAUGGACGAAAGAGUGAAUACGAGGAACCUUCUUCAGAGUACGGAUCCGGGUACGGCAGAAGACCCGGGCCGGAAUAUAGUGAACCUGCGGGUUAUGGGAGGAAGAGUGAGUACGAGAAGCCAAGUUCUGAAUAUGGGUCCGGCUACGUGCGGAAGAAUGAGUCUGAGUACGGAGCGGGUGGGUAUGGAAGGAAGACUAGCUAUGGAGAAGAGGAAGGUGGUGGGGGUUAUGGGUAUGGUGGGAGCUCCGAGAGGACUGAGUAUGGAGAGGAGAAGUAUGGGAAGUCUGAGGAUGAAUACAGGAAGCCCAGUUACGAGAGGCGUGAUGAUGAAGAGAAGGGCUAUGGCCGCAAGAAAUAUGGUGGUGAAAAAUCUGAUGAGGAUGAGGAGAAGCGCCGCCACCACCACCACCACCACCACCACAAGCACUACAAUGAUUAA